AUUACUCUUUGACUAGCGCAGACCUGUCUGCCUUGCAGGGAUUUAACUCCCCAGGAAUGCUGUCUUUAGGGCAGGUAUCUGCCUGGCAACAGCACCAUCUCGGUCCAGCAGCCCUCAGCUCCCUCGUUACUGGCAGCCAGCUAUCUCAGGGUUCAAAUUUAUCCAUUAAUACCAACCAAAACAUCAACAUAAAAUCUGAACCAAUUUCACCUCCCCGGGACCGUGUAACUCCCUCUGGGUUCCCGCAGCAGCAGCCACAAGCGCAGCAGCAGCAGCAGCAGCAGCAGUCGCGGCAGGAAAUGGGUCGCUCUCCUGUCGACAGUCUCAGCAGCUCCAGCAGCUCCUACGACGGCAGCGAUCGGGAAGACCCGAGAAGCGAUUUCCAUUCGCCUGUCGUGCUGGGAAGGCCACCGAAUUCCGAAGAUAGGGAGAGUCCAUCGGUAAAACGAAUGAGGAUGGACACGUGGGUGACAUAAACUCGCAGUGUUGCCUCUUCAGUUUUGCGUUCUCAAAAUGAACUGUCCUGACAUAUCUAAAUUUAUAAAUAAGGACAUGACAUAAGUAUAUUUAUAUGUAUAUACAUACGUGCAUAUAUAUAUCUUCACAUGCAUAUAUAUGUGCUAGUGUGUGUAGCAUACACAAAAUCAUCAGGCACUUACGACAAACUUCUUGUAUAGCUGCAGAUGUCCCAUGGUAAAAUGUAACAGAACAAUCCUAUAGGUAUUGAUCUAGCCUGGCACUUACCCGGACUUGGUGUUUUAAUAAUAUAACCUGUUUUGCAAAGAAACAUUGUACCCGCAUUAUAAUCCUACCACACUAGAUUGCAGAAACCGAGAGGGCUCGCCUGUAGUAAUGUCCCUUGCGUGUUUUAUUCAAGCUGUAUGGUUACUUGUAGUUAAGAAAUAAUGCUUUGUAGCAGCAGAGCAGUAGAAAAGCAGGAAGAAGAAAGCAAUACUGUACAUAAAACGACCUUUAUAUUACCCAACCUGGCAUGGGUCUCUAUUGCAGAGGGUGCAUGGAGAAGGGCUGAUGCUAUAAGAAAUAAAACAAACAAACAAACAAAAACCAUGUUUUGCACGUGCAAAAAAAAAAAAAAAAAAGCAUAUUGGGUCAAAGAAUUGAUUUUUUUAAUGAGUGAAAGAGAGACAUAGAGAACUCGCAUGAAAUAUUCAGAAAAUAUUAGCCUAGCAAAUAGAACAUUAACAAAAUAAAAUUAAUAUAUUAAGUUAUAAUUGGAAUAUGUUUGACAAAUUUGUUUUUACGUUCAUACCUUUGAAAAAUAUAGAAACGGAUUUUAGCUUGUGUAUAUUUUAUAUUAAAGAAAACAAUACCCUAAUGAAUUGAAGACUAUAUAUAAAGUUAUAUACAGUACUUUUGAACACAUUCUGCUAUGAAUUAUUUAUAUAAGCCAAAGCUGUAUGUUGUAGCUUUUUUGUAGAGUAUAGUUUUAUCUUAUUUUGACUUUCUAGUUUUUGCUUUCGAAGAUGAAAAGGAAAAACUUGCAGGCGGAACCUUGGGGGAAAAAUAAGCCAUGAACACUUAUAUGUAAAUUUAAAUUUGAGCCAAACUCUUUGUGUAUAUAGUAUCCUAAGUAUAUUAUCACCUUCGGUGUAAGUACCUAUGUAUUGUACGUUCACCAGAUUAAAAAGUAUAUUUUUGUGGAUUGACGCCAACUUGAAAAAAGGCGAGGUCCUUAUUAAGUAGAGUAUUCACUGUUUAAUAUUUACUAUUUUGUUAAAUAUACUGUCCUUUCUUCGAAUUUUAAUUAUUAUUAAUAUUAUUAUCCAGAUUUUUCAAAGGGUGUAUAAAGGGGUUGUCCCCCUCACUGGUGGUGAAUGUGUGCCGUUCAAUUGUAAUCUCUGUGCUGUAUGGUUAAGCUUCAUUAUACAUUUUAUAUAUAUGUAUAUAAAUAGCAAAGUGGCAAAAAAAAAAAAAAUCCGGUGUUAAGUUCAUCCUGCAUAAAUAUAAAAAAUCUGUUACAACACAUUUUAAGGCAUCAUUUUAAAACUGC